UCGUCCCAAAAGGCAGGGACCGCGAUAUGAAAGGAUUAAUUUUCUCCCCCCAAAGCACGGAUCUGACUCAUCAUUUACCCACUCCCCCCUUCCCCUUUGUCUCCAACGACGGACCUUCAGAUAUGGCCGUGCAGUCAGCGGCGGCGAUGAGGGCAUGAGGCGACGGCGGCAGGGAGCAGCGCUACCGGCCGUCGGUACGCACGCACGCACGGGCUGAUUGUGUGCAUCACCGAAAAGCUUUGUAGACAGAACUGCUGAGGAAAGGUGGCGGUCAUGGCGGGCCGAUGCGACGGUGUGACCCACGGGGUGACACCCACCGGCGGGCAACUUCACAGCGGAUCCACUUGUCACGGUGGUUUUGGUAAGGUGUAUGAGCUAGAAGAUUUGCAAAAUAUUACAAACAAUUUCUCUGAAGAGAGACUACUUGGUGAAGGUGGUUUUGGUAAGGUCUAUAAGGGACUGCUACCGAAUGGGGAUAUAAUUGCUGUGAAGAAGCUUACAUCGACAAUGCCAGGAAUCAAGGACAGGCAAUUUGACAAUGAAGCCUGGCAUCUUAUGAGACUUAGCCACCCAAAUAUAGUGCAACUUGUAGGCUACUGUUCUCACACAGAGGAAAUACUAGUACUGCAUCAGGGGAAAUACGUUUAUGCUGAGAAGUCUGAAAGGUUGCUUUGCUUGGAAUACCAGCCUAAGGGAAGCCUUCAUGAGCAUCUUUCAGACGAAUCUUCUGGACUUGAUUGGGACUCACGCUACAAAAUUAUUGAGGGUAUUUGCAAUGGUUUGCAUUAUCUUCAUGAGAAGUGGCAAGCUAGCACCCCUAUUAUUCACAUGGACCUAAAACCUAAGAACAUAUUGCUUGAUGACAAUAUGGUGCCAAAAAUUGCUGACUUUGGUUUGUCGAGGCUUUUCGGUGAAGAGCAAACUCGAACUUGCACUGCAAGUCGUGAUGGAACAUUGGGUUACAUGGCGCCAGAGUACUUAAAUAGAGGUAUAAUCACAAAAAAGUUAGACAUAUUCAGUUUGGGUGUAAUAAUCAUAGAGAUAGUGACAGGGCACAAGGACUACCCAGAUGAGACUGACACAUCAUCCCAGGAAUUUAUUGAGCUGGUGCUCAAGAAUUGGAGAAAUAGGCUGGAAAAAACACCGGGAUAUACAACUGCCUUUUCUAUUUUCCCAUCUUUUUGCCGAGAAAUUGAUUACCAACGAAUAAGAAGAUGCAUUCAGAUUGGUCUAGCCUGUGUGAAACUUAAUCGGGCGAAAAGGCCAACAACACUUGAAGUUUUGAACAUGCUUCACAAAUCAGAAGGUGCAGAAUGCAGCAAUGGAAAAGAGGAUUAUACUAAUGAACGUCCGGAAGAAGUGAAUGGGCCUCUAUACAACAAGGCUGAAGACAGAUUGAAUGGUACACAAAAUUUUGGUUCUUCUAAAGGAAAGAAGAGAGAGAGAGAUGAGCGAGGAAUUGAUCCAGCUAAGUUGCAUCGAGAUAGUCUGCAUAACAUCUAUGACAGUGAGCCUGGAAGCUUUAAGUUGGACGAUAUGGAGUCUAAAAUAGCAAAGAUAAAGAAAGGUGGACUUGCAAAUGUAGAAGCAGUGGAGGAGCUAUUACAUCUUAUGAAACUUGAUCAAACUGAGCAAAGAAUAGACCUUUCUGGUCGGGUUAUACUUGCUGAUGUUAUUGCAGCCACAGAAAAACCUGAUAUCCUUCACGUAUUUAUGGAAUCAAAGGGCCUUCUGGUGUUGGAUAGUUGGCUUCAAGAGGCUCACAAAUGGAGGUCUGACGAUGGUAGCAGUCCAAAAGAAGCAGAUAAGCCUAUUGGGCCAGGGGAAUUUUUUUUGGCCAUGCUUCGUGCACUCGCUAGAUUGCCUAUCAAUUUGAGUGCAUUGCAGAGGUGUAGCAUUGGGAAAAGUGUUAAUCGUCUGCGCGGACAUAAAAAUGUGGAGAUUCAGAAGAAGUCCAGAUUACUUAUUGAGGAUGGGAAGCGACGUAUUGAUGCUGAAAUGAAGUUAGGGCGUGUUUGGUUGAGGACAAAACAAAAUUAAGGUGUGGCGAAAUCGAUAACAUAGAUAUAAAAAAUUUCUCAUUGGUUUAUACACAUAUAUAUGUAUUUAUAAUUGUCAUCUACUAUAUAAGUAAAACUAUUUUGAAUAAAUAAAAAGAUACAAGGAUAGUCAGUAGACUAACCAAUUGUGGAUGAACAUCAAUUGGUUUUUCCUUUCGGAUCCAUCGUUAAGACGAAGGCCUUGUUUAGUUGUGAAAACUUUUUGGAUUUCGUUACUGUAGUAUUUUUGUUUUUAUUUGACAAACAUUGUCCAAUCAUGGAGUAACUAAGCUUAAAAAAUUUGUCUCGUGAUUU